CCUUUGGAGGCGGUGGCCUGGCUCCGCCUCCGCUCCCGCCGCAGGUUCAAGUGUGGGUUCGAGCUAGGGCGCUGAGGCAACACCCCUAGCUCACACAGCGACCUGCUCCCUGCUCAGCCUGCCAGGCUGCUCGCCGCUGGGAGUAGGAGGGACCUAAACCUGGCGUUGCCGUGAGCGGUCCAGGCCAGAGUGUCCGGACUCUCACGGCGCUGAUCUCCAGUCUCCAAGUUCACAGGCGUCCGAAGAGGAGUCGGCGCCAGCAGGAGGCAGGUGGCGCUGGGGCUCGCGCUGGGCGGCGCUCAGCGCGCUCGGCCCCGCCAGGGUUAAAUCUUGCCGGCUCCCUGCUACCCGGCUGGCGGCCAGCUGCCUUCAGGGAGAGGCCAGAGCCACUGCCAGGGACCCGGAGGGGCGCCAACAGCGGGGGGCUGCACCCGCAUCAACGCGCCCCCCUGUCCCCAUCACUGCCUCUAGGAGGAGCAGAAAGUAGGGGCCCCGGGUGGGAAGCCCCUGCCAGUCCAGUGCCCCGGUGACUGGAGAGCCAGAGGGGCGGCGGGACACGGAGAUGGCUGAUGAGGUUGACUGGCUGGACCUGCCAGGCCGAUGGACCUACGGAGUUGACCGCGGCGGGAGAGUCUUCUUCAUCAAUGAUGAAGAAAAGUCAACCAGGUGGGUGCACCCUGGGACAGAAUCACCCAUCCAGAGUGGACACUGCUCCAGCCCAGAUUUGCCCAAGGGCUGGGAGAUGGAUUCCACCCAGGAAGGAGCUGUGUAUUUCAUCAACCACAAUGAAAGACGGAACACAUUUCUACACCCGGUGACUGGCCAGGUCCCAGAGGAAAACAAAAAAUUUGACUUGAAAACAUCGGCCUUGGACAUGUCCAAUAAAGCAGGUGGGAAACGCCCGGCUACCACCAACAGUGACAUAUCCAACCACAACAUGGUGUCCGAGGUCCCUCCAGAGCGGCCCAGCGUACGGGCCACCCGGACCUCUCGCAAGGCCAUUGCCUUUGGGAAGCGCUCACACUCCAUGAAGCGGAACCCCAGUGCACCUGUCAGCAAGGCGGGCUGGCUCUUCAAGCAGGCCAGCUCUGGGGUCAAGCAGUGGAACAAGCGCUGGUUCGUGCUGGUGGAUCGCUGCCUCUUCUACUAUAAAGAUGAGAAGGAGGAGAGCAUCCUGGGCAGCAUCCCACUCCUGAGCUUCCGGGUGGCUGCGGUGCAGCCCUCGGACAACAUCAGCCGAAAACACACCUUUAAGGUGACUGUGUGCUGGGUGGACGAGGCCGGAGCCAGUUCCACGCACUGCCUCUCCCCACAGGCUGAGCACGCCGGGGUCCGCACCUACUUCUUCAGUGCCGAGAGCCCCGAGGAGCAGGAGGCCUGGAUCCAGGCCAUGGGGGAGGCUGCCCGAGUUCAGAUCCCCCCAGCCCAGAAGUCUGUGCCCCAAGCUGUGCGUCACAAUCUACCACCCCCAACCCAACCCCAUGCUGGGCUGGAGUCACUUACAACAUCUCCCUUGGCACCCUGCAGCCACGAGAAGCCAGAUUCAGAGAACAUUCCGCCCAGCAAACACCACCACCAGCCACCCCACAACAGCCUCCCCAAGCCUGAGCCAGAGGCCAAGACUCGAGGGGAGGGUGAUGGCCGAGGCUGUGAGAAGGCAGAGAGGAGGCCCGAGAGGCCCGACGUCCAGAGCGAGCCUCUGGUGAAAGCCAAUGGCAUCCAAGCUGGACUGGAACCAGCCUCAGAGCCGGGCAGCCCUUACCCGGAUGGCCCAAGGGUCCCAGGGGGCGGGGAGCGGCCCACCCAGCCCAACGGCUGGCAGUAUAGCUCCCCAAGCCGGCCAGGGAGCACGGCUUUCCCGCCUCAGGACUCAGAGAGUGGAGGACACCGGCGGAGCUUGCCCCCACACGCCAACCCCGACAAGAUCGCCCAGCGCAAGAGCUCCAUGAACCAGCUUCAGCAGUGGGUGAACCUGCGCCGGGGCGUGCCCCCACCUGAAGACCUUCGGAGUCCCUCUAGGUUCUACCCUGUGUCCCGCAGGGCGCCUGAGUAUUAUGGCCCCUACGCCUCUCAGUACCCUGACGAUUACCAGUACUACCCGCCAGGGGUGCGGCCGGAUAGCAUCUGCUCCAUGCCUGCCUAUGACCGGAUCAGCCCACCCUGGGCCCUGGAGGACAAGCGCCACGCCUUCCGCAAUGGGGGCGGGUGGAAGGAGCCUGCCGGCUACGGGCGGCAGGAUGGUACCGUCUGGAUCCCCAGCCCCUCCCGGCAGCCAGUCUACUAUGAUGAGCUGGAUGCCACGUCCAGCUCCCUGCGCCGCCUGUCCUUGCAGCCCCGGUCCCACUCCGUGCCCCGCUCGCCCAGCCAGGGCACCUACAGCCACGCGCGCAUUUACUCCCCCGUCCGCUCCCCCAGUGCCCGUUUUGAGCGGCUGCCGCCUCGCAGUGAGGACAUCUAUGCUGACCCCGCUGCGUAUGUGAUGAGGCGAUCCAUCAGCUCUCCCAAGUAUGAUUACCUGGGAGACAGGCGGCCAGUCCCUGCAGGACUGUUCCCCUACAACUACCCACCACCCCCCACGGUCCACGAUAAGAUGGUCCCUCCAUACCCAGAAGUGUUCCGGGACAGCCUGCACACCUACAAGUUAAACGAGCAAGCUACAGAUAAGCUGCUGGGCAAAUUGUGUGAGCAGAACAAGGUGGUGAGGGAGCAGGACCGGCUGGUGCAGCAGCUCCGAGCUGAGAAGGAGAGCCUGGAAAGUGCCUUGAUGGGGACCCACCAGGAACUGGAGAUGUUUGGAAGCCAGCCCGCCUACCCCGAGAAGCUGCUGCACAAGAAGGAGUCGCUGCAGAACCAGCUCAUCAACAUCCGAGUGGAGCUGUCUCAGGCGACCACGGCCCUGACGAGCAGCACCGUGGAGUAUGAGAACCUGGAGUCGGAGGUCUCUGCUCUGCACGAUGACCUCUGGGAGCAGCUCAAUCUGGACAUUCAGAAUGAGGUGCUCAACAGGCAAAUCCAGAAGGAGAUCUGGAGGAUCCAGGACGUGAUGGAGGGGCUCAGGAAGAAUAACCCGUCUCGGGGCACAGAUACAGCCAAGCACAGAGGAGGACUUGGCCCCUCGGCCACCUACAGCUCCAACAGCCCUGCCAGCCCUCUCAGCUCCGCCAGCCUCACCAGUCCCCUGAGCCCCUUUUCGCUGGUGUCUGGCUCUCAGGGGUCCCCUACCAAGCCUGGGUCCAAUGAGCCCAAGGCAAGCUAUGAGCAAAGCAAGAAAGAGCCCCACCAGACAUCACUCCCGGACACCUCUAGAGACAUCAGCCUUGUACCCACCAGGAAAGAGGUGGAGGCAGAGAAGCAGGCAGCUCUCAACAAAGUUGGCAUUGUGCCCCCACGGACAAAGUCACCCACCGAUGAAGAAGUGACUCCAUCAAGGGUAGUGAGGAGGCAUGCCAACGGGCUCCCCAAUGGACUCUCCUCCCGGCAGGAGCGCCCCAAGAGUGCGAUAUUUCCGGGCGAGGGCAAGGUCAAGAUGAGCGUGGAGGAGCAGAUUGACCGCAUGCGGCGGCACCAGAGUGGCUCCAUGAAGGAGAAGCGGAGGAGCCUGCAGCUCCCAGCCAGCCCAGCCCCCGACCCCAGCCCCCGGCCCGCCUACAAAGUGGUGCGUCGUCACCGCAGCAUCCAUGAAGUGGACAUCUCCAACCUAGAGGCGGCCCUUCGGGCAGAGGAGCCUGGCGGGCAGGCAUAUGAGACGCCACGGGAGGAAAUUGCCCGGCUUCGAAAGAUGGAGCUGGAGCCCCAGCACUACGACGUGGACAUCAAUAAGGAGCUCUCUACCCCAGACAAAGUCCUCAUCCCCGAACGGUACAUUGACCUGGAGCCUGACACUCCCCUGAGCCCCGAGGAGUUGAAGGAGAAGCAGAAGAAGGUGGAGAGGAUCAAGACGCUCAUUGCCAAGUCCAGUAUGCAGAACGUGGUGCCUGUCGGCGAGGGGGACCUUGUGGACGUGCCCCAGGACUCAGAGAGCCAGCUGCAGGAGCAGGAGAAGCGGAUUGAAAUCUCCUGUGCCCUGGCGACCGAGGCCUCCCGCAGGGGCCGCAUGCUGUCUGUGCAAUGUGCCACCCCAAGCCCUCCCACCUCCCCUGCUUCCCCGACUCCACCAGCCAACCCCCUCUCGUCUGAAUCCCCACGGGGCGCCGACAGCAGCCAUACCAUGCGGGUCUGAGCUCUGACUGCAAGCCCUGGCUGAGGCCAAUGCUGUGAAGCUCCACAGAGCUACCUUCUGAAGCCCUCCUCUGCUCGACUGAGGUCCCGGCCCCCACUCUGGCCCCAGCCCCUGCGCUCCCAUGGGAAAGCUGCAGGGAGCCAGGUUGGGGGCCAGGGGUUGCUGCUGAGAGGAGCAUGGAUACCCAUCACACUGGGCCCUGCAGCCCUCACUACCCAGGUGGCGGUCCUAGGCCAGGGCCUGAGAUGGAGGGGCGAGGAGUACCCUGUCUGAUGCCCAAGUCACAGGGAGCCUAGCUGACCCUGGCUGGGCCUGUGAUGGCCCUUCUGGAACAUUCCCUGAUGGAGAAGACAUCGUGGUGGGAAAGAUGCCCUGGGCGACCUUAGGGUAGAACUAGAGGUGACGAGAAGAUGGGCAGCCUGCCUCUUCCAGCCCUCCUUGACACAUGGACAGCCCCUGCCAUCGUCCCCUCCCCCUAUCAACCCUACCCUACCGCCCCAGCUUUACCCAGGGCUUUGACACAUCUCUGUACAUGGCUGCCCCUUUGGGGUCCAGUGGAGACUGACCACCCUGCUUGAGCCAAAGAAGCUGAUGAGAGAUGGGGAGAGGCUCCC